ACUCCGACACCAUCGCCAAAACCAACGCCUUCACAAACAACACCUUCAAUGACUCCUGAACCUAUGGAAUUACAAACUCCUGUUCAAAAGUCAACUCCAAAACCGACUCCAACAUUUAAACCAGAACCUACUCCUCAAAUAAAUCGUAAAACUCCUGCGUUUCCUUACUGA